AUGGAACAACUUUUAUUGGUUAAAAUAGUAAUAUAAUUAAAUAUCAAUUAUUGCAACUGUAAGAAUAAUAAGAAAUUAUCUUAAUGAUACAUUUCUUCCUCACUACUAGUAAUGAUUAUCACAAACAAUCAAUAUUCGUAUGUCGAUAGUCACAUAUAUCGAUUUUGAAGAAACCUAACAUAACCUAACCAAUAAAUGUAACAGGAAUACAUCUGCGAGUUCAUUUAACUGUAGGAUUAACGGUGAGAUGAGAUUAAUGUUAUUGAAAUAUUCCUUUAUUGUGAUAAAAGAAAUUUAUACAUUUUAUCAAAUUUUAUACAUUUUAAAUAUUCUUUUUUUUUUUUUAAAUAUUUUCUGUUGAUAUUGUAAUAUUUUUAGAGUUUCGAAAUUUAUGUUUGGAAAUGUUAAAAUUUGAUAUUUGAUUAUAUUUAUAAGAAAAAUUAACAUACAUUUUCUUAAUUGUACAAUCACAAUAAUAUUUUAAAUAAUUUAACCAAAUGAUUUAUUACUACUUGUUUUAAAUAUUAAAAUUUAGCUUAUAAUAACAGAAAUAAAAUAUACAAUUUUUGUUAAUUUUGUAAUUCAUUUUUGUUAACUAUGCAAGCAUUAAUUUAUUUAAAAUAUUAAAGUGAAUAAUAAAUGUAUGACUAUUACAAUGUUUGUUGUAUAAUUGUUACAUUAAAAUUAACCUUUUUUAUCCUCUAGAUGGUCGAUACUGAAGUAAAAGAAACAAGAUUUCAGGAGAACAAAAAUACUCCUACAGAAACGAAAAAAAGUAGAAAAGGUGGACGAAUUAGACCCAGGAAUUAUAAUUUAGGAAAUGGUGUUUACAGAUUUAGUCGUACCCGGAUGUUUCACAAAAAAGCUAUCUACAAAUUCAUUGAUAAGAAAACUCCAAAAACUGUUAAACCCAAAAAACCAGUUACAAUUGAAAAGAAGAUUAGUGGUGAUAAAAAUGGGGAGAAACGAAUCGUAUUGUUAAAGAAAAGGCGUGCAAACUAUCCUAAUGAAGAUCCAGUAACAGUACACCAUGCUAAAAAGUGUUUCCGUGACCAACACCAUAGUUUAAGAUCUUCGUUGAAACCAGGAACUAUUUGUAUAUUAGUUGCUGGCACGAAUAAAGGAAAACGUGUUGUUUUCUUGAAGCAACUUGAGAGUAGCUUACUCCUAGUUACAGGCCCUUUUUUGAUCAACGGUUGUCCACUACGUCGAGUAAGUCAAAAUUACGUGAUGGCUACUUCCACACGUAUUAAUAUUUCUGGUCUGAAGAUUCCGGCUCACAUCAACGACGAUUAUUUCAAGAGGAAACGCGAGAAACGCGCGAAAAAGGAAGAAGGCGAUAUCUUCAGCAAAAAAAAGGACGAAUAUAAACCAAAUGAUCAAAGAAAAGCUGAUCAAAAAGUAGUUGACAAAUUUGUAAUUGCUGCUAUCAAGAGAAACAAGGAGAAAAAAAUGUUAUUCACCUACUUAUCAGCAAUGUUUGGGCUGAGGAGCAGCCAAUAUCCACAUAGAUUAAAAUUCUGAUCUAUAAAGAUUAAACAAUCAACUAAUAUUAAUAAGAAAGAAUAAUAUUAAUAAGAAAGAAUUAUCAAUGAAAUUCUCAUUUUUAUUGUGAAUUAUGAAUAUUUAUAAUGAAUCAAUAUCCACACAGAUUAAAAUUCUAAUCUCUAAAAUUAUAAUUUUAAUUUAUGUGGAUAUUGAUUCAUUGUAUGUGCCAAUACAUAUUAUUCAUAAUUAUCCAUAUUAUCAAUUUUAUAUGGAUCUUGAAAUGACGCUUGCGCUGGCUACCCACAAUUUAUGUACAACAAAGACCACAAUGAAAAAUGAAAAUUUCAUUGAUAAUUUCAUAUUACUCGCUUUUCUAUUAAUAUUAAUUGAUUGCCUAUUGACUCGGAGGUGUUUAAAAAAUUAAUCGAUAACAUUA